AUGUGGGGAGUCGCAUCAGAGCCAGCAGAUUCUUACUACCAAGCUCGUCCUGAGUGCACCGAUGUGCCCAAGACCAGAUUCAAAAUAAAGCCUGGUAAAACUCUAAGUGUAAGAAAAUGGCAGGCUGCGUUUGUCCAAGAAGGGUCUCUCGACAUUGGCAAGACUCUAAGACGAAUCCGUAGAGGGGGAAUCCAUCCAUCAAUAAGAGGCGAAGUCUGGGAAUUCCUACUAGGCUGUUAUGAUCCCAUGAGUACAUUUGAAGAAAGAGAGCAAAUUCGACAACGCAGAAGAUUGCAGUAUGCUUCAUGGAAGGAAGAGUGUAAAAAAAUGUUUCCUGUGAUUGGAAGUGGAAGAUUCAUGACCGCUCCUGUAAUCACUGAUAAUGGUCAACCCAACUAUGAUCCUCUUGUUCUUCAGGAAAUAAAUUUAGGUACAAACUCAAAUGGUACAGAUUUCUUUAAAGAGCUAACAAGUCGUGGACCUCUUGAUAAGAAAGUUGUUGAAUGGCUGCUCUCACUUCACCAGAUAGGUCUUGAUGUGAACCGUACAGACAGGACUUUGGUAUUUUACGAGAAAAAGGAGAACUUGUCGAAGCUUUGGGAUAUUCUGUCUGUCUACGCCUGGAUAGACAAAGAUGUCGGUUAUUGCCAAGGAAUGAGUGAGCUUUGUUCACCAAUGAUUAUUCUUCUUGAAGACGAAGCUGAUUCCUUUUGGUGUUUUGAGCGGCUUAUGCGUCGACUGCGAGGAAAUUUCCGGAGCACAGGGAGAUCUGUUGGAGUUGAAGCUCAACUUACUCAUUUGUCUUCAAUCACUCAGAUAAUUGACCCAAAACUUCACCAACAUCUAGAUAGUGUAGGCGGAGGUGAUUAUCUCUUUGCCAUUCGAAUGCUUAUGGUUCAGUUUCGAAGAGAAUUCUCAUUCUGUGACUCUUUAUACCUUUGGGAGAUGAUGUGGGCCCUAGAGUACGACCCUGAGCUCUUUUAUGUAUACGAAGCGCAUCAAUGUGGGAGUGAGAAAACCGAAGGUUUCAAAGGUAAACCAAAGUCAAUUCGCCAAUGCGGAAAGUAUGAGAGGCAAAACAUGAGGAAUGGAGGACAAAGCACGGGAGGUCCUUUGCCUAUAUCGGUCUUCCUAGUGGCUAGUGUCUUGAAGGACAAGAGUUCUAAGCUAUUGACUGAAGCUCGUGGACUCGAUGACGUUGUUAAGAUACUUAACGACAUGACUGGAAACUUGGAUGCCAAGAAAACAUGUUCUGGAGCCAUAAAAAUUCACAGGAAAUAUCUAAGAAAGGCUAAGAAAUAG